AUGGCACUAGCCAAGGACAUUAGAAUGUCUACUCCUCAUGACUCAUGCACUCAUGAGUCCCUUCAAGUUUCAGAUCUUUCUGAUGGAUUUGUGUUUAGAGCCACAUCUAAUUACCAACCUGAUCAUCACAUUAACUUCAAAAGUGGGUACUACAACAGUGGUGAAUGUUUGCUUAGUUUUGAUAAAAACAAGCGGAGUUCUGAAAGCAUUUACUUGAAUAGUAGUACCAACAAAGAUGACUGCGAUAGUGAUUUGUAUCAUGGUGGUUAUAGCCAGUGGAAUCAGAUGGCUGGCAUCGGUGACCCAAGUCUUUCGGGCGAUUUUAGUUGUUUACAGACGGCUAGCAAUUACAGCAGCUCCAUCCCCAACACCUCAAAAGAAGAUCAUGGCGAUCAUGAGGCUUAUGGAUGGUUACACUCUGAAGCAUCCGAUAGCUUCCAGGAACCGGACGAGCAAAAAGCGGGGUUUCACAAGCGUCCCAUUACGGGAGAGAGCAUGCAACCUUCAAAGAAGCAAUGCACUGGUGCAACUAAGAAGCCCAAACCCAAGUCAUCAACAAGUCCAUCAAAGGACCCCCAAAGUAUUGCAGCCAAGAAUCGAAGAGAGCGGAUUAGCGAGCGGCUUAAGAUAUUGCAAGAACUGGUGCCCAAUGGCUGCAAGGUUGAUUUGGUCACCAUGUUAGAGAAAGCGAUCAGUUAUGUUAAAUUUCUUCAACUACAAGUCAAGGUGUUGGCAACCGAUGAAUUUUGGCCCGUUCAAGGCAGGAAAGCUCCUGAUAUUUCUCAAGUGAAAGAAGCCAUUGAUGCCAUCCUCUCAUCAUCUCAGAGAGACACAAGUUCAAGCUCAAAGUAAUUAUUGAGUAGUACUUCAAAUAGCUAGAAAAAUAUGUGACAAUAAAAACAAGAACAACUAUAUAUGUAGGCAAAGAAAAAGCUUUGUCUUACAGGGAAGUUGGCAAUGAAUUAACAAUUACAAUUUGUAUUUUUCCUUUAAUUAUGAAAAUGUUGUGACCUAAUUAAUUAUGCUUCUUGAUCUAUAAG